UAGUGAAAUUUAAGUAAUUUUUGUUGUGGGUCGAAAAUAUAAGUAAUUGUGAGCAUUCUUCUCAUCCAUUGUUUCCUUAUUUUGCUGAAAUUUUGUUACUUCAAGUAGUGAAAAUUUUCACCACUAAAAUGUUUUUGCAGCAACUAUUUUUGCGUAUGGGCAGACAAGCAAUGGAAAGACAUACACAAUGUCUGGCAUUACUGAACAUGUUGUAGCUGAUUUAUUUGACUACAUACAUAUGCAUAAUGAUAGAGAAUUUGUAUUGAAAUUCUCUGCAAUUGAGAUUUACAAUGAAGCUGUCAAAGACCUCCUAAGCCCAGCUAGUGGCCCACUUAGGCUACUUGAUGAUCCAGAGAGAGGAACCAUUGUCGAGAAACUUACAGAGGAGAUUUUGAGGGACUGGGACCAUCUAAAGGAGCUCCUCUCUUUUUGUGAAGCUCAAAGACAAAUAGGGGAGACCUCUCUGAAUGAAACGAGUUCCAGAUCUCAUCAAAUUCUCCGACUGGUUCAAUUGCAGCAUAAGAUAAAACAAGAGGCAGAGCAAUUUCGACAAUGGAAGGCCUCUCAUGAGAAGGAAUUGCUUCAGCUAAGGAAGGAAGGCAGAAGAAAUCAAUAUGAGCAACAUAAACUGCAAGCUUUAAAUCAGCACCAGAAAAUGGUAAAGAUUUCUCUCUGCCAAUUUUUAGGUAAGCGAUAUCCUGGUAUGCGAAGUAAGAUGUAUAUUAGAGAACCUAGUUUCUUUCCUCGAUAA